CAACGUAUCUAAAUAUGAAGGAUACACUUAAGACCAUGAUGAGAUGAAUGCUUUAAAAUUUGAAUUCUGUCAAAUGACACUGUCUUAAAAUGCUAACACGAGCUAGCUUCCUAGCUAACUGUCAGUUCGACACAAGUAACCAAUACAAUAGCUGAUAGUUACCUCGUCUGACUUUGAGAUGCAUCUCUUGGUCUUCCAUGAUGAAAGCUGAAAAUUACAUCCACAAAUAAAUAAUUGUGGCUUUAACGCGACUUUAGCCGUGUCAUAUCAGCUACUUCCGUGUUUGUGUUGUCGUAUGCACCAAUAAAUUGCUCCGGAGAGGAAAAGUAUAUACCCAACAACUACAGUUCCGCCUUCCAAAUGCAUUUCAAGUGAAGAACAAGGGAGUUAUUGAAUUCUUAAGUGAUUUAGUUUGAUCUCUUUCGAUGAUUAACAUUUAUUGAAGCCGAUAUUUGAUGACAGAAAUGCUUUUUAGCACCCUCGCUGACCAUCGCGAUGUGUGAAAUAAUCUACUUUCAGUUUUGCCACAAGGAAGUUGGCGCAAAUUAGGCAGCAAAGCUGGAUCUGUAAUCAUGGAUGCUGGAGGAGAGCAGAGCCAAAAUAUUCAUUCAAGUGCCUCUGAGUCCAUAGAGGAUGUGGACAAAGAGGGUUUGUUUAACCGUUCAGCCACUCUCACCAACAGGCAGCGUGGGAAUGAAUUUACAGCACGCCCAGCGUCAUUAGACGCUCUGUCAAUACAUCAGCUUGCUGCUCAGGGGGAGGUGUCACAAGUGGCGGCACAAUUAAAUAAAAAUAGCUCACUGCUGAGCAUACAGGACGAACGUGGCUUUACUCCUCUUAUGUGGGCAGCAGCGUUUGGAGAGAAAGCAGUGGUGGACUUUCUCUUGCAAAAGGGAGCGGACCCCAGAAUUGUUGCGAGGAACAGAGAAAGUGCGCUGACGCUGGCCAGCUCUGGAGGUUAUGUGGAUAUAAUCGAUUCUCUACUCAGACGUGGAGUUGAUGUCAACGCAUAUGAUUGGAACGGAGGCACUCCUCUUCUGUAUGCUGUUCGAGGAAACCAUGUUAAAUGUGUUGAGGCACUUUUAGCCAAAGGAGCAGACAUGACCACAGAGUCUGAUUCUGGCUACAGUGCGAUGGCUUUGGCAGUUGCUCUUGGACACAAAAAGAUUCAGAAGGUGUUAGAGGACCACAUCCUGAGACUCUACAAGCCAGCAUGGCGCUAAAAGAAAUGGAGAUUGUCGGUAUAGCAGGUGGCAAGAUGGUAGCAAAUGUACAAAUUGUUUAUUGGCAGCAUAACAAAAAUGAUCAAUACUUGGCAAUUGUGCAGCAGGAUUAUUGAGUUUAGCUGUAGACCAGCCAUAAAACGACUGUAAACAGGUUCUAAUAAAUGUAUUUUUAUAUGGUGGUAUGUGCUGGAAUGAUGAUUAUCCUCCAAGAUACUUUUUGCGACUAUCAACGACGUCUCUGCUGGUUGCAGCCAAGUAGUCAACUCUAUUUUGACUCAAUUGCAUUUAUGAGGUGGUGGAGUCAGACAUCCCGCGUCCUUUACAUUUCACAAAAAGUGCAUUUCCUUUCCGUCUCUGUCGUGAGAGGAUAAAAUAUGGUCAUGUGGCUUUCUCCCCCAGGAUGUCCAAAGAAUAAAUAAUAAUUCUCCCAAAAAAGUCGGCACUGUUCUCCAACAGUAUUUUUACUCUGUCCACAGCAGCGGCGUCCUGUAUGGGAAAGCAGUGGGUGUGGAGUUAAGUCAAGAUAAGCUUUGGGUUUUAUUCUGUCCUUCUGCCAUUAAACUUACUGAAACAUCAGCGGUGAUGAAAAACAUGCCCGGGAUAAUAUUAUUCAGCACUUGUAAUAAACCUGUCAAAUAAGAAAAAAGCAAACGUGCAGCUUCUAAAGUGACAAGUGCAAGUCAGAAGCACUACUAGAAGAACUAAAGGAAAAACAACCGCAGCGCAAUAAUGUUUUCAUAAAUCAGCUGCUGCCAGAUGCUUCUAAGCUUUGGACUGAACUCAUUGGUCGGUCUGAUGUCAGUCCUGAACAGCCCCGCUUAGUCAUGGUUUAUUUAUUUUGGACAUGCUUAAUGUCCGCUUUACAACAUAGUCUUUACGUGCAACAUUAAGAUGGUAUUUACACGUUAUAUACUGUAGCUAUUUAGUAUAGUAUUGUACAUACUACUACAAUAUUACUAGUCUAGUAAUAGUAUAAUAAUUAAAAUUUAAGAUUCCCCAUUAAGAUAUUUAAUUACUUGCAGUGAUGAAGGAUAUCUGAAGAGAGUUGUUGUCCUCUGGAUAAAAAUGACUGAUCACAGUAAAAUCUCCACCUUUUAAACAACCUGCGGAAAAAAAGCCAAGAAAGAUGUAAAAUAUUUAGAGAAUAAGGCAGAAAAGCAUCAUUUAAUGAGGUAAAAUCAUCAGCCGCUCUUUUACCUUCCAGCCUGCAUGUUUUGGCUGAGAAGCCUCCCUGGAACUGAAAUUUUAACUCAGAAACCCUAAUGGGCUGGGGGAACUCCAAU